CCACAGGACACCCACUCUCCCCACUUGAGCCUAGCCACAUACCACACCACACCUUCCCAAUCCACAUAUACACCGCGAGAGAGAAAUCGAGAGAGAGAGAGAGGCGAGAGAGAGAGAGAGAGAGGGGCGAUUGACUCGUAGAACACAAAAUUAGAAGAGAAAAUGGCAAGUGGAAGAGUGAAUGUGGUAGCAUUUUUUGUAGUUAUGGUAAUAGGAGCGGCUAUGCAGAUGGAAAGCACGGAUGCGCAGAAGACUCAUGAUGUGAAUGGACCAGCAGGCUGGAUUAUUCCAUCAAGCCCCAACGUUUACUCCACCUGGGCUGCUUCCCAGACCUUCGCCGUUGGCGAUACUCUCGUAUUCAAUUUCACGACGGGAGCACACACGGCGGCGCAAGUGACCAAGGCGGCGUACGAUGCUUGCACCAUAACCAACCCCAUUGCGGUGUGGCAAACUGGUCCAUCCAGCGUUAAGCUCAACUCGUCCGGCCCUCACUACUACAUCUGUACAAUCCCAAGUCAUUGCUCACUGGGUCAAAAAGUAGCCAUCACUGUGGGUGCCGCCGCAACUUCACCAGCUUCUGCCCCUUCACCCGCCGCAACUCCCACAGAGGCACCGGCACCAGGCAGCACCGCCACUCCCUCGGACGCACCGGGAAGCACCACCACUCCCUCGGCAGAGACACCGGGGAAUUCAGCGUCAUUUGCUGCCGCUGCAUGGCCGCUCACAGUUUUGUCCGCCGCCGCCAUGGCUUUAUUUUUCUAGAUUUAGAGCGUGUCGAUAUUUGUUUCUAUGAUUCGUUCUUAUUGCCUGUGUGAUUUUUACUACUCUUGAAUUUUAUGCCAAUAAAAUCGUAUCUAUCUCGAUAAUUUUAA